GUUUCCUCUAUCAUCAUCAACGCAAACCAGUCUUCCAUUCGCUCAUUCUUCUUUGCAUUCAUUCAUCCAACUCAGUCGCUCUUUUAUAAGAACUCAAGUCAACAGUCAAAAUGAAGUUCACUGGAAUCGCCGCUGCUCUCGCCCUUACCGGCGCUGUCAGUGCUAUCGCCAUCCCUCGCGGAACCGUCUCUGCCUCCCUUGACUCUACCUUGAACGAGCUCAACACCCUCCUCAACAAUGUUGAGCCUUCUCUCAGCAACCUCGUCAACAAUAUUGAGACAGACGUUGACCUCGUCGCCUUGGAAUCCGAGCUUUCCCAGAUCAAAACUCUUGUCUCCUCCCUCGUCGGUGCGCCCGCUAAGCGCGAAGUUGUGCAAGGUGCUACUGAACUUGUGGGAUCCGCUGUUAACACUGUUGGUUCUGCUGCCUCUCCUGCCGUCAACACUGUUGGUUCAGUUGCCGGUCCUGCUGUCAAUGACGUCAACACCUUCACCCAGCGGGACAUAGUUUCUGGCGCCGUCGCAAGCGUCACUGGUAUCCUUUCUAACCCUAUCAGCACCGUUGACAGCAUUCUCCCAUUGGCCAACAACCUUUGCAGUGGCAUUACCAACAAUGUCCCCUUGACUCAAACCGUCGGCGAGCUCACUGCCCUUACGCAGGGAGUUGCUUCCUACGCCAACCUCCCCCUUUCCCUCGUCAAGCUUCCUACCUCCAACUAAUAUGGAUCAUAUCGAGUAUGAAUAGCGGACUUUGACCCCUUUUCGCAUUUCUUCCACUUCGGACCAAUGCCUUUUUUACUUCUAUCCCUUAAUGCUUGAGUUCGUAAAGCGCAGGAUUCGCAUCUGACUUGUGAGGAUUCGAUGGGACGAGCAUGAUUCAUUGAUUUGUUGAUAGCUUAUUCUAUUACAUUGACCACCUUGGUGGUGCAAUUUAUUCUAUAUUUGAUUAUUCUCUACUAAAUACUUUUUCUUUUCAAUAAUAAUGUUCAACCC